GCUGAGGCGGCCUGCGCCAGCGCCGACGACCUGGAGCGGGAGCGGAGCAAGCUAUCGGUAGACACUCUGCAGUUCCUGCUGUUCCUGUACGUGCAGCAGGUGAACAAGGUCUCUCUGCGAACGUCUCUGAUUGGGGAGGAAUGGCCCAGCCCCAGGACCAAGUCUUCCAGCCUGACUGGAAAAUCUGCUGGCGAAAAUAAGAACUGGAAUGAUCAGGACCACCACGCCUUUGUGCAGAGCCACCUCUUGGAUAUGCUGGAACUGCUGCUGGAGCGGGAGCCACUCACUGUCUCCUCCCAUUCCACCCACAGUAGCUUGGUGUCCUAUGAAGCUGUCUGUGCCCUCAGCUUUCUUAUUGAAGGGACUGUGAACAAAUCCAGGAUGGUCUAUCCUCUGCAUGAGCUUGCCCUCUGGCAGCCCUGUCACAGGCAGAACGGCUACUCAAAGGUCUCCAAAGCCUUCUCUUUCCCCAAGAUAGAGAGCUGGCUGCGGUCUUGCCUGACGACAAACCCUUUUGGAAUGACUGCCUGCCUCAAGUCUGGGAAGAAACUUGCAUGGGCACAGCAAGUUGAAGGAACAACCAGGAGAGCAAAGAUUGCCUGCAAUACUCGUGUGGUGCCUGAGGUGUUCCCCAUGGUGAUAAUGAGUCAGGUGUACAAGCAGACGCUGGCCAAGAGCUCGGACACCCUGGUGGGGGCUCAUGUAAGAGUUCAUCGCUGCAAUGAGUCCUUCAUUUAUCUCCUCUCUCCUCUCCGAUCGGUGACCAUCGAGAAGUGCCGGAAUAGCACUUUUGUCCUUGGCCCUGUGCAGGCAUCUGUUCACGUGCACAGCUGUGAUAACGUCAAGGUCAUUGUGGUUUGCCAUCGUUUGUGCCUUUCUUCCACCACUGGCUGUACUUUUUACAUCCUCACGCCUACCCAGCCUCUCAUCCUCUCGGGGAACCAAGCAGUCAGCUUUGCCCCUUUCCACACGCAUUAUCCUAUGCUUGAAGACCACAUGGCUCAGGUGGGAUUGGCCACUCUGCCAAACUACUGGGACAGCCCCAUGCUGGUGUGCAAGGAGAGUGGUGACAUGAGUGUCUUCCGCCUCCUGCCACCCUCGGACUUCUACACCUUUGUGAUUCCUUUUGAGAUGGAAGGAGACACCACGGAGACGCCGGGUGGGCUUCCCCAUGCGUAUCGGAAGGCGCUGAGUCAGCGAGAGCAGAAGGUGCAGAUCUGGCAGAAAACUGUGAAGGAGGCAGGCCUGACCAAGUAUCAGAGGAAACAGUUCCAGAUGCUGGUAGAAAACAAAUUCUAUGAAUGGCUGGUUCAGACAGGGAACCGUCAGCAGCUGGAUAGCCUUGUCCCUCCUGCAGUAAGCUCCAAGCAGGCAGCAGGAUAGCAUCAUGUUCCUAUACAGCACAAGGAAAAGAAGGAGUUCUGGGAACAGGCAGCAAUAUACUGAAAAUGGUUCUCGUUAAGACUUUGCAGCCAUCCUGCCUGAACACACUUGAUGUGGACCUGA